CUUUGAGUCUUUGUAUUUCUUCAAAGUCUGUGUUCCUUAUUUGUCAAAAUGAUCGUAUUCUUGGACUAGAAGCUCCCAAAGUAAUCCUGGGAAGUGUUGAUUUAGUGUUUGAACAAAACUAAAGUUGUUUUAACAAGCUUUAUCAAGACAGACAAGCCCAAAGACAAAGGCAUACGGCUUCGGACCAGUCGUGGUAUAAAUAUACACUGCAUAGACAAGACAAGAUUGCCGAAGGUAUUAAAUCAAGGUUUUAAAUCUACAUUUCAGUCCAUCUGUCCGUUAUCCUUCCUGAGAAUUUUGACCAUGUAGUGGAAUCAUCGCUUUGAAGAUUUGAGAAGUAAUUAACCGUGUCUAAUGCCAUGGCUUCUGACGAACUGCAAGAAAAAGCAAAUUUUACAAGACUUAGUAGACUUUUAGUUGACAAAGGAACUGAAGCUUUGAGAAAUAAAUUUGAUCGCAUCCAUCCACCUGUUAGUCUACCUGGAGUACUGGCUACAAACAAAACAUCUCUUCAAAGGUUAAAACCUCGAGUUAUUAAUAAUUCCCAGUGGGAUUUACUGUUUCCUCCGUCUGGCAACCCACCAGAUUCCAAAACCUUUGAUGUCACAUUACUUACAGUUCUAUUCCGGAACAUUUGUGGUUUUCCAUCAACAGGAUGGAGUGUAAUGCCUCCGGAUACUGAUAGAUCUAUGCAAGCGAAUGUCACAAGAAUCAAGUGUUACAGAAAUGAAGUUAUUGCACAUGUAACAACAACUCAAGUUGACAAUUCAACAUUUGAGUCUUUAUGGAAGAAAAUCUCCCAGGCGAUAGUAGAAUUGGGCGUUUCACAGAGUGAUGUCGACGAUUUAAAAAAAUGUCCUCUUGGGCCUGCAGAAGUGUAUGUGCAAAAGCUUAAAGAUUGGAAACUGCACGAAGAUGAGUGUAUUAAAUUGCUUCAAGCAAUUAAUGAAACGCGCGAUGUAGCAAAUGAAACGCGCGAUCUAGUAAUUGAAAUCCGCCAUUCAUUGGCCAAGCGUGCGCUAUCAAUACCCGGGGACACCAUUCCUGAAAAAAAUCCCGCAUGGAAAGUGAUGAAGAUUUAUUGCGAAAACUUGCUAAGCAUAAUUUUAAGGGUCAAAUUAAAAGAAAAGUGAAUUUCUUCCUUCCUGGUACAAGAGAGUGGUUGUUAAAGAAAGUUAACGAGUGGUUUCAAAUGUGUGACAACGAUUCAAAAAUAAAGUUAAUAACAGCUAGACCAGGAUUUGGUAAAAGCGUUUUUGCCGCUAAAAUCUGUGAAGAUUUUGAGAAGAAUGGAAAGCUGGCUGCUUGUCACUUUUGUGAUUUCAGCAAUUCAAACCUAAGAGAUCCUAUGGCGAUGUUGGAGUCUCUUGCAAGUCAGAUGUGCAAGAGCGUCCCUGGUUUCAAAGAGGUGCUCCUUGAUCAGUUAGGACGGCGUCAUCAAGUCCAAAACCUGAGAGAUGCAUUUCUAAUAUAUUUGCAAAAUCCCCUAAAUGAAUUGGAAAUAAAAGAGCCGCGUUUAGUCGUGAUCGAUGGCUUGGAUGAAAGUGCUGCUGAUAAUAAGAAUGAAAUUACGCAUUUAAUUGCUGAAUAUUUUCCUGAUCUUCCCGAGUACAUCAAAAUCUUGGUGACGAGCAGGCCAGAAAUUUCCGUUGCUAAUCUAAAACUAAGAGACGAUCAAAAGACAGACAUUUCCAAUGGUGAUGACAACAAUAACUCAGAUCUUGAAUUUUAUUUUAAAGAAUGUUUUCCAAGUUUAGUUGGCAGGGAAGUGGAUAAAAGGAAGAUGAGCGAAGAUUUCUAUAAGGAUCAUCCAUAUCUAUCAUCUCAUUACCGCUUUUGGCAAAAUAAAACUUUUAGUCUACUUUCCAUUUUUGUUGCCAAAUGCCAGGGCUCAUUUCUCUAUGCAUAUCACUUUCAAUCUGGGCUAAGGGCUCGCUAUGAUCUUCAGAAGAUAACAAAUAAUGACGUCAUGGAGUUUCUCCCAGAAGGUCUGCAUUCUGUUUACGAACGAUAUUUUAAACGCCUUGAAGACGAGCUUAACGCCAUAAAACACGAAAAGUUCGAUGUCUUGAAUAUUUUGGCAAUGCUGGUUGCUUCCGAAGAAGAUCUUCCCCUCACUUUCGUCGCUCAGGCUUUUGGUUUAGCUCCAGAUUGUCGCAAAACGAAAGACAUCAUCAACAAAAUUAAUGAAACCGUAUCGUGCUUGUUGUACGUUUCAGAUGACAUGUUAACCGUUUUUCACAAAUCCUUUAUUGAUUGGCUUCUAGCAAAGGGUUACAAUGAUCACCAGUAUACUGUCAAGGUCGAUGAUGGACAUAGAUCGCUUUGGCCUUUAUGCGAAAAGGUUUUUAAAGAAAUCAUGGAAAGUGUACGCUCAGGAGUUGAGGUGAAGUUUACUCAUGACGUGAAAUAUGCUCUAAAACAUGGUUUAAAACAUCUAGAAAAGUGCGGAAUAGAGGAAGGUGUGUUUUGGUCAGUUGAUGUUAUUAUCGUAUCUUAUAUGUUAACUGAAAUCGAUUCAGAUGUAUUGCAACGUUUCUGGCUCAAAUCACUCCAAAGUUCUUGGAUCAAAAACGAAGAUUUACGCGCCCGUAUUUCGUACCAUGUCAUUGAAUUUGCCUCUUUUGAUCAUGCCUUGGAAUCCCUGAUUGACAUGAAGCGGUAUUACAUAAAUUCAAAACACGUUCUUUCGGUAGUAUAUCCACAAUGGUAUUUACAAGCGGUUUUUACACAUUCUCCAAAAGGUUAUUUCAGCGAUAAUAAGAAGAAAAUCGCGGAGACGCUACUAUCAAACCUUUCGCCUUUUGUCGAGUCGAAUUCUUACGAAGUUUCGGUUUUGCCGCGAGCAGUCUGGAAACAGAAUGACGUUGGUUUUAUUACAGCUGUUGCUUUAUCUAACGAUGAAAAAAGUGUAGCAGUUGGAAUAGAUAGUUUUAUCCGUGUGAUAUCCCUACCAAAUUUAGUUGAAAUUAUGAGUUAUUCAACAAAAUUGGAAAGCAUUUCUUGCUGUACAUUUUCUCUAGACGAUUCGCUCGUAUUAUUUGGUAAAUUGGAAACGGCGUUUAACAUUGCUGAAAGGAAGGAAGUCCCAUUUUUCCCUGGAAAUGAAGAGACGUUCGAAACAUGUGCAUUUUCCCCUAACGGCAAAAGACUGGUGACUAGCGACGGUUCAAACAUCAUUAAACUAUGGGACGUUGCUAAACAAACGCUGCUGUCAUCGCUUUGUGCUGGAUUUCCUGUUGAUUGGUGUUCUUUUAGCGUCACAGGGUUAUUUAUUAUUGGAAAUUCAGAAUCUUCAUCUGAUACGGGUUAUUCGUUGUGUGUUUGGAACGCCAUCACAUUGCAAAGAAGUGAUAAGCGAAGAUUACCUCACGGGGAAAGUGUGAAGCCAGUUGUGUUAAAGAGUAGGAAAUGCGAACGAUGUUCUCGUCGGGAAUUUGAGGAACCAAAUUCUAAACAGUUAGAAAUAAUGAGAGGUUUGAGGAAUAAUAUUAGAAUUUCGUGUCCGUGGAUCUGCAAAGGUGUGGAGUGUAUUUUUUCUUCGGAAGAAUUUUGUUAUUCGAGUGUCACAGAAAGUAUUCCUUUGACUGCCAUUGUUGCUUGGAACUAUCUUGCCAUAGCUGCUCAUGCAUCGACGGAUUUUUUGUAAUCGAGUCAA